GUGAUGAGAUCAGAUAGGUAAUUUCCAUUAAAAAUGGUAACAUUGCACAGGAAAUGCAAACAUAAUGUGCCUUAUGUGACAUAUUGAAUGUAUUGAAAUGAUUAGUAUGUUCAUUGUGUUUGGGAGUUCUACAGGAACAGUGAUUGUUUUAUCUGUCUUUUUGUAACUUUGUGGAUGUACUCAACUGCAGUAACAGAUGACCCAGGUAUAGAAACCUGAGGCAUGGUUCCGUUAAAUUCUCAAGAAAUUAAAUAACACGAUUUAAUGAUUUAUGGAAUUAAUAAGCAGGGCGUAAAGGAGAACUGUACCGAUUAGGGGUGGCACAACAAUGCUAUAUUAUUAAAUGUUGAUCAGUCUAAAUGGACAAUAAUGUUGUGAGGAGGCCUCUUGUAGCAUAGUGUCGGUGUCUCCAUCUCUGGAUCACAAGACCCAGGUUUGAAUCCCACCUGCUCCAGAGAGAUAGCAUAACACCUCUGAAUGGGUCGAUUAAAACUGUCCAUAGUGUAACGCAUAAGGACUGAUUCUGAUGUGAAUCAUUUGCACAACUGAGUUGAUCAACUGAAAUUAUAAAUUGUUAUUUCUGAAACUGUAAAAUCUCCAAACCAUGAACCAACUAGUCACAGUGGUAUGUUAUGGCCAAUGAAAACUGUACUUCUAAGUAUGUGAUCAUUCUUCAAGUAAAAACAUUCAUGACCCAAUUGCAUCUCAUUGUGUCGAUCUGGUGAUAAAUCCACCAUUUGCCACUAUAGUUACUUACAUGCUUUGUGGAUAAUUUCUGACCUAAAUUCUUCUCCUUUCUUCCUCUGCUUCCUAUAUUAACUACAUCAAUUUGAAAUUCCCUGUAGUAUUUUUAUUGUUUCAAGAUGAGUGUUACUGUCUGGGCUUGUAGAUAGAUACCUUGACCAGGACUGUCAGACAUAUCAACAUCCUGAGGCUUACCACUAACUGAACUGGACUGACUAUAUAAAUGUUGUGUCUCCAAGAGCAGGACAGAGACCAGGAAUCCUGUAGCUAGUAAUUCACUUCCUGGCUCUCCAAAGCCCGUGUAUCACCUACAAGGCACAAGUUACUAGUGUGAUGUGAUAUUCCUCACUCAUGUGGAUGAGUGCAGCUCCAGCAGUACUCAGAAAGCUCAACAUCAUCCAGGAAAAAGCAGCCCGCUUGAUUGACACCAAAUCCGUAAACAUUCACCCCCCCCCCAUCACUGACGCACAGUGACAGCAGUUUUUACCAUCGUCAAGAUGCACCGCAGAAAUUCACCAAAGUUCCUUAAUCAGCACCUUCCAAACACAUGACCAAUUCCAUGCAGAAGGUUAAGGUCAGCAUAAGCAUGAAACCAUCACCACUUGCAAGUUCCCCUCCAAGUCAUUCACCACCUUGAAUUGGAAAUAUAUCACCAUUUCUUCACUGUCACUGGGUCAAUAUCCUGGAACUCUCUCUCUCUCAUACCGUUGUGGGUGCACCUACAGCAUAUGGACUGCAACAGUUCAAGAGACCGAUCACCACCAUUCAAAAACUUUGCCCAACAUCCACAUCCCCUGAAUGAAUAAUAAAAACUAAAUAUGCUUUCAGUAUUGAGUCUCAUUCAUUUCAGUUUCUGUUUCAUUCGUUGUUUAUCAAAAGCUAUUUAAUUUUUGAAUCAUUAUGAAAUAAUCCCACUAGAUUUCCUUUCCCGUCUUCUAGUGGGUAAUCCUGAGUUCAUGUUCUCAUGAUUUGGAAGUACCUAUUGUAGAAUCUACCUUUCACUAUUCACUCUUCAAAAUCUUUUCUAGUGAAUAAAGCCACAAUUUAUCAUUUGUAACCUCUCAUUCCAAUAACAGAUCUUUAUCUCCCUUACAAAAAUAGGGGCACUUAAACUAAAUCUAAUAUUUCACCUUUAACUGAAACAAAAAUUCCCCCUUUUCGAACUGGACUCUCACUUGAGAGAAGCUAUUUAAUUCAGUAUUUGGAACACGUAUAACAGAUUUGAGUAGCGAUCUAAAUGCUCAGUCUGCAGUCUAUGUAGUCCACUGAGUUACUCAUUGUUCUUCAGUUCCAUCUCUAUUACCUAACCAUCAUAUUUUGUGACAUUGUGAAACACAAAUGUUGUGCCUAGAAAUACUCUUUAGCCAGGAGGUCCAAUGGUGGAAAUAUACAUCUGCAUAUGAAAGAAAUCGACAAUGUUUUCAUCAUGUACGUCCUUUAUAUUCGUUUGCCUCAUACAAUAAAUUCUAGUUAUGUCAAAUGUUUCAAAGUGCAAUAUUCUGUUAAUGUCAUGAGUGUACGAUUUUAUUUUUGGCCUGUCUUUAACCAUUUUCACUUUGUGUUGCAGGGACAGUGAGAAGGGUGCGAGAAAUUUCCAUUGAGUGUAGAUUAGGCCCAGGUGAUGGCACAAUGGUUAUACAAAGGAAUGUCAAUGUGAUUAAAACAAAUUUUAAAAAAAUCUCUACACUUGAUGGUAUGAGUCUCUUGAAUGCUUCAUCAUGAAUAGGACCACAGCCGUAUGUUGGAUGGUCAUUCUGCUGGUAGCCACCUUCUGUGAGAAUGGCACUUGCAAGGGAGGGAGAGGAGGGGCUCGGGGGUCAGCCCGGGGUUCAUCCCGUGGGCGUCUCCGUGUACCCCGGGUACGGGUCAGUCACCCCAGUCGCUACGGGUCCUACAGCUCCAAAGCCCGAGUGGCAGUAGCAGGGGCAGCGGCUGGAGCUGCAGCUGGACUUGCAGUUGGAUACGCAGCAGGCAGAUUGCGGGGGUCGAGGCUGAUUUGGGAUGAGGAUGCACAGAGCUACGUUAACAUGAGCUGCGUCCCAGUCAAAAACUGCACAUCCGACGGAGGAGUUUACAGCUAUAGAGCCUGGACGUCCUCAGCCUCAUCUUUCUGGCCUUCCUACAGCUUAUCAUCCAUCUGUUCCGUGCUGACCUUCAAAUAUGUCCAACCUUAAGACCCCAGAGAGCGGUGCUCAGUGGCUCUACCACAGCUACAAUCAUCGGUCUCUUUAGGAAGUUCAUCGGUGCUUUAGUAUUGUUCAUAGACACAUCACUCAUUUAUGGCGUUGAAUAGAUUUAGACAGCAUAGUAGAUUAUGAGUUAUAACAGUUUCAGAUAAGAAUCAAACUGCAGUGUAUUUAUGGUUUUUUUUUUGCUGCGGUAAUGUCAGUUUGCAAAUUACGGCUAUGUUGUGGUAGGAACUGAUUAAUAUAUGGAAUUGUUACAAAGUUAUCUUUAAAAAUAAGUGCUGUUUCCAUCAACCUCCACGUUUUCAAUGCUCUGAGAAAGCUAAAUGAUCCACCAGUCCCUUCUGGGUUUCCUAUCUGCUAGCCUUUGCAAAUAUGCCAUCGUGAA